AUGGCAUCCGUCGCUGGAGGUGCGGCGGCGGGACCAGCACCACCCCCCUAUCACUCCACGGGGACGGUGAAAACAAAUUAUGUGGUCGAGCACGCCGCCCCCUCUGCCGUGUGUCUCGUGCGCAAGAUACAGACCUCCCCGUACCAGCCACUUCCCUCGGAGCAGGUGCAGUCCGUGACGCUUCCGAAUCUUCUUUCGUUGCGUUCGCCACCGCACGUGGCGCAUCAGGCGUUGAUGGACUUCUACUUUGCGAUGAAUGGCCACUGUGGCAUUAACUGUUCCGACCCGUCGUCGCUGGACCUCAUUACGGUUGCUGUGCACGCACGAAAUGCGGGUGGGAGUGGCAGUAACACUGAAAUCCAUUCGAAGGAAACACCUAGACCGCAUGCGGGCACCGCCCCGCCGUACUAUCACGCGGCAGGUUCCGUGUCGACAACCCCGCUGACUUCAGCCACGCCAAAUAAUGGUAGCAAGAAUAGCAACAUGUUGUUUUUAUCAAACGAAACGCCACCUGUGAUAGAUGGUGGCAUGUACACUCACAGUCAACAACAGCAACAACAACAACAACAGUCCAAUUCAGCGCCAUCCGUGUUGGGUACACCGAUAAUUCCUCCAAGUUUCACAUCCUCCUCCUCGGAGGACUAUCGGCUUUCGCAAAUACGAAGAAAUGAGCGUCAUGUGAACAAUGCGUUGUAUGGCAAGGUGUGUGCCUUUUUUAACACGCGGGAGGGCUGCAGGCGUGGACCAUACUGCCACUUCCUUCACAUUGGCAAAGGUGGUGGAGGCAGUGCGGGAAAUGGCGGUGGAGCAGCUCCCCAACAAUUUUAUUGA